UUUCCAUUGAAGAUCUGAGAUUUCUUUACUUUUAUCUUGCAUCUGAACAACUGAAACUUUAGAAAUUGUAAUGUGUACAUACAACUUACUGAAUUAUUCAUUUUAAGAUUGUAGGCAGUAAGAUGAUUAAAGAUGAACUGUUCAUUCAUUUUUUGUUCAAGUACAGUCGAAUUCAAAAAUUUCAACCAUCAUUAUUCAUGUGCAAUAUAAAUUACACAUAAUUACUCUAUAUCGGUGAGUCUUGAAUACAACUUAUGGAGAUGCAAGAAGAUACUGCAGUCGAAAAACCAAGCAGACCUAACUCUUUAAAAUCAUCAAUGAAACGUCGAGUGGAAAGAUUUAGUCUUCGAAAGUUAUCGUCGUCAUCAGAUUUGCCAGAGGAACGAACUGAUUUUUUGAAGCCAAGAGGUUCUGUUGUUAAAAGCAGAUCCCUUGGCCCUUCAUGUUCACCGUCGACAGACCUACCCAAGAAGAAUCAUGUCAUGAAUCGAAAAUAUUAUGGCUCAACUGAAAUGCUUUGCAAUCCAAAGGAAGAUGAAGAUAUCAAUGACAAACAUUUCCGAAGUCUGUUGAGAUUUCGUGUUGAAAAUGGAGAAACUGAUAAAUACGGUCAUCAGAAUUUUGACGGUGUCAAAGGAAGUAUGGUUCAUUUAGAAAAUCCUGAAUGGCAAACAAGAUGGUACUUCAAAUAUUUCUUAGGAAGAUUGCAUCAAAAUUACGUUGGUGUGGAUGCAAAUAAAAAUCCGUUUAUCCUUUCCGUUUGUACAACGGACGAAGAUAAUUUUGGCGUUUUGCAAUACCGAGCUAUUUUGUGGAAACGAAUGGGAAGCGAAAGAAGAUGCAUUCCUCACAAUUCUGGAAAACUAUUGACUCCUAAAGCAAUUCUACAACUAGCCUAUGAUAUGAACAUUGAAAAAGGAUUAAAAGAAGUUCUUGAUCCAGAGAUUCAAAAGGAAUUGCUUGUCCUCGAAGAUCAAGAAGGUUCUGUAAACUUUAAAUUUGGUGUUCUUUUUGCGAAACAAGGACAAACUACUGACGACGAAAUGUUAAGCAACGAAAAAGAAAGCGUUUCCUUUGCAUAUUUUUUAAAAUUGCUCGGUGAACGGGUUCUUUUAAAAGGAUGGACAAAAUUCAGAGGAGGAUUAGAUGUAAAAUGUAAUAUGACUGGAAUAGCAUCUGUUUAUACUCAGUACGAAGGCCACGAAAUCAUGUUUCAUGUUUCAACUCUUUUGCCUUUCUCAGAUGAUCCUCAACAGGUUGAAAGAAAACGACAUAUAGGCAACGAUAUUGUCAACAUUGUAUUUCAAGAAUGCGAAAGUCACGAAAAAUCAACAUUCACUCCAUAUGGAAUUCGUUCACAGUUCACACAUAUUUACGCAUUAGUUACAUAUUCAACAAGCGAAAAUUCUUUCAGGAUUACCGUGUUUUCUGAAAUAAACGUGCCUUUAUUUGGGCCACCUUUACCGUCUUCACCAGUUUUCACAAAUCAUGAAGAAUUUAGGGACUUUCUUCUUGUAAAAAUGAUAAAUGGUGAGAAGGCAACGCAUCUUACACCGAUGUUUAGUAAACGACGUCAUCGUACUUUGGAAAUGUUGUUGACUAACUUAGUCAAUAGUCAUCUUCCAAUUGAGAAAGCAAAGUCUCGAAGAUUUGCAAACACUUUGUCAGACUCCACGAAAGCCAAGCAGCAAAAAGAGAAUGAAAGACAUAAAAACUUCAUUUUGCUUGGUCAGAAACUUAAAGACAAUUUGAUCCCAGCUGAAGAUCCUACACGUUUAGUCAACAUUCGACAGGGAGGGAAUCGUUCAAAUGAGCCUUGGGGAAUGCAGUGCGUUUGUAAUUAUUUCCCAACCAAAGUCACGUGUGGUGAUUCUUGGAGCAAUGGUUUGAUCUUGGGUACAGAAGAGGGUGUGUUUAAAUUAGAGGAUGGAAGCAUGAAGAGAUUAUUUGAUAAGAGCAUGGAUAUAAAGCAAUUAUUUGUUGAUGAAGAUCAUGAUGUCUUGAUUCUUCGUGCUGAUAAAGGUCGUGAUGGAAAAAUUUAUAUAUUUUCGCUGUCAUAUUUUGAUGAAAGCAAUAAUCAGGCCAUGACGAAAGUGAAUUUUAAACACCAUAAACUGGAGAAAGCCAAGGGUGCACAUCUCCUCGCUGUAAGUGAGAGGUUUUGUACAAGAUUAUUUUCUGUUGCUGCAAACAAGAAAAUCCAACUGUACCAAUGGAGAGACAUGGAAAAUAAACUACCUCGUGUGGUGAACAGUUACGAUUUAGUUAAAGAAGUGGUUGUUAUAGAGACGCCUUGUUUACUGACGUUAGUGGAUUGUGGUGAAAAUGGUUUUAACGUCUGUAUUGGGUACAGGGACCAGUUUGAUUUAAUUGAUAUGGCGUCUGGAAGUAUUUCUAAACUGUAUGAAAUUGAAUCCGCUUCAACCAAGAUUAAAUCAAAUCUCUUAUCAGCCAUAGAUACAUACGAAGACGACAUACCAUCGCUACUUUUGUCUUACAAUCAUAUGUCUUGUUUAAAGCUUCUGAAUGGCGAAAAUGCAUCAAAUUUCAGUUUACAAUGGAAUUCUACUCCAAAGAAUAUUGUUUAUAUAUUUCCAUAUGUUUUGGCCUUCACUCGGAACACCAUUGAAAUACGUCUGGUCGUUAACGGAACAUUAGUUCAUACUUUAGUACUACCGAAAGUUAGUUUGAUAUCAGCAAAGGAUGACAUCUAUUUUUCUUCAUCUCGAUUAACGCAGUUAGAAAAUCAGAAAGAAGUUGUGAGUCAACGACGACGACGUGUCGAUGUCAGUCAACAAAACUUCCAACAAAUGCGCCUCUCCACAACAACAGAACAACAAAGAUGUAUUUAUAAAAUGUCACUGAGCUCUCUACAACAACUGAGCGUCGAUGGAUCGUCUGCUGAACGAAUCCCAAACAUCAGGACACCUCUCACUCCAUAUGGUGAAAUCACGUUUGAGUUUUCUUACCAAAACUCACCAAAUAACGAUAAUGACUUUAGUUAUAUGAAAAGAAAUAAAAUGACUAAGACUAGUGUGUCAACCACGAAUCUUAAUGCACCCUUUACUUGGGACACGAUUGAUGAAGACAAACUCGACGAUGAGUUUAGAGAACUUAUUGAAUCAAAUCAGGGAGAAAGUAGUCAUCUAUGAUGAAGUAUUUGUAAAGUUCUCGAAGAAGAUUGUUUGAUUAUUUUAAUUCUUUGCUUUGUUAUCAGGUGUUGAUGGAUCUAACUUGAACAUCCAGUGUCUCUCGAUUCAUUUAAUCUACGAAAUUUUUUAAAGUUAAGAUGUGAUGUAUUUGCUUGCAUGGAUUUUAUUAUAAAUAUUUAUAACGUGUAAAUUAUAUAAGAAAACAAAUGUAAACUAAAAUUUCACUUUGUAAAUAUACAUAACUUCGACAAUAUACGAUGUGAUUUUUUAAAUUUUACAUGUUAGAAAAUUGUUAACAUUUUAAAUGUGAUCACAUCACAAGCCAUGAGGCAUAUUGUUCUUUUAUACCAUUCAGUAUAGAACCUCCAUGAGAUUAACUUGUAUAUUUAGAUUACUUAGUGUUUAUUUGCAGCGCACAUGCAAUAAGAUUCAUUCUGUACACUUGUAACGCUUGGCUAACAAAGUGCAUCGAUUCUUUUACCUUCAUGUAAAUUUUCAAUAUUCAUAAAAUAACUGCUCGAAUGUGAAAUAAAACGAACGAACUCUUUCCAAA